AUGGCGGUGGCGCGGCGGCGGCGGCUGGCGGCGCGGACGCUGCCAGCGGCGCCCCGACGCCGACGGAGAGCCCGCCCUGCCCGGCCAGCCCGACUCGCCGCCGCCGCCGCCGCGCUCCUCGGGCGGCUCCUCGGGCAGUUCCUCGCCGUCCCGCCGCGCGCUGCCGCGGGCGUCGGGCUCGCAGGAGACUCGCUGGGCUCGGCCCUGGGGCGCCCGGGCUCGCGGGGCUCCGCCCGGAGCGCGGAGGCCGAGGUCCGGGAGACGCUGGGGCGGCCCCGCAGGUGGUCGGGGGGCGGCACCCGCGAGCUAGACCUGGUGGUGAUCCCCGAGGAGGUGCAGAGCCAGGUCAACACGCCGGCGGCGCAGCGGCGCGGCGGCUCGGAGGAGCCGCCGUCGCCCGCGGACGAGGCGGCCCCGCCGCCGCUGCGGGCGCUGGCCUCCGCGGCCGUGGCCCCGGAGGAGGGCGAGGGGAGCCCCGCGCCCGGGGGCAGCAGCGUCGCCCUGCCGGGAGUCCGCGGCCGGCUCAGCCGCAGCGACUCCAGCGACACCCGGCUCCUGCCGCUGAGCCUGGGCGACACCCAGGACAAGGGGCUCGUCGGCCAGGGCUUGCGCGACGCGGCCCGGUCUCCUGGUAAGGGGUCGGCGACCGGGUCGGCGCCCUCGCGAUGGAGCGAGCUGGCAGAGAUGGCCACGCAGUCCAAGGCGUCGGCGUACACCAUGACGAGCUCUGACCGCGGCGGAGAUCGUCGCCGUCGCGCAUGA